AUGGGUAUUGAUCCAAUAUUUCCUCAAAAGCGUUUGAUUGAAAGGAAAAAAAGGUUUGAUGAGAGUUCAACUACCGAAGAAGUUUCAUUUACACCUGAAGAGAAUUUUAGAGUCAAUUAUUUCUUAUUCAUUGUUGAUCAAGCUAUUUCUUCUCUUGAGACAAGAUUUGAACAAUUCAAAGAGUAUGACAAAGUAUUUGGUUUUUUAUUUCCACAUAAUUUGAGGGGAAGUGAAGAUAAAGAUCUUAAGUCGUAUUGUCAUCGUCUUGAAAAAGCACUCAAGUUUGAAGAAAGAUCAGAUAUUGAUGCCGAGGAACUUUAUAUGGAGUUGAAAUUAUUUGAGACAUUGGAAACCAAUGAGUUUAGAAACCCUAUAGAUGUUUUGAAGUUUUUGAAAGAAGUUGAUUAUUUCCCAAAUGCAAGCAUUGCAUAUAGAAUAUUGUUGACUAUUCCAGUAACAGUUGCAUCUGCAGAAAGGAGUUUUUCAAAAUUGAAGUUUGUGAAAUGUUACUUACGCUCCACAAUGACACAAGAAAGACUUAGCGGUUUGGAAAUGAUAUCUAUCGAGAACGAAAUCUUAGAAAGUAUAGACUAUGAAGAGUUGAUCAACCAAUUUGCAAUUAAAAAUGCUAGGAGAGCUUCACGGAUCGUCGGUUAG